AUGAUGGUGGCGCUGAUGGAGGAUGAACCUCGUGAACUGGUCGGCUGGGAGAUGAGGGCCCGGGCGCGGGACGCCGUCCGGCCGCGCCGCGCGCGGAGGCGCUGGGCGGGAAGGCCUCCCGGCUCCCGCGGUGCGUGGCGCCUUCAGCCGCUCUCGCUGCUCACCCGCCCCUUCCUCUUUCAGUGCCCACUGGUCUUCAAGACUAGCUUCCAGGAGUUCCGCCGGGUGCCGCUCCUCCAUCCAUCUUUCACCUCCUACAUAUUUGUUGGAAUGAUUCUCGCUGUGCUCCGCUCUCUCGUUCCCAACGUUAUGAGCUACUAG